AUGAUCACCUUCUUCCCAGUUCGUGCGUCUUCUUUGUUCCUUCUUGCCUUCGUGUUGAUCUCGCUGUUGUUUCCUCUUCUUGUAGUCUCGACGCAGGAGACCGAAGUCGGGGGCGUCGCGGCGCCUUCUGCUGUCUUCUCCUUCGUCGAACGCAGCGGAGUCCUCCAGCAUCCGCACUUUGGGGAUUUCCCGCGUGAAGGCGACGCAACAGCGGCUGAAGAGAGGGAACCAGAGCGGGCUCGCGUGGAUGCAAAAGAGCCCAGAAAUCCACACAGAGGCGCAGCCGCGCCUCCACAGAACGGAAGCGACAAGCGGGAAAGCACCACACGAGGGGACGAGAGGGGGAAAGAAGACAUUUAUGAGGCAGAAGACUCUAGCGCUGACGGGAGCGUUACAGCCGACCACGGUGGCAAGGAGGACAGGUCGGAAAGGAAUGAACACAGCCUCGGCGCUCGGCGACUCGUCGGAGAAAGUGAUGAGGAGGCCGGCGCAGAGAAGGGUGGCGAUGAGGAGGCAGAAGGCCGGGCGGCGCCCGCGAAGCGCGGGGAAGGGAGAGGAACGAAGGCGUCGACCGACGAGGAGAGCCCCGGCAGGCCUCACACCACAGAGGGGGACGACGAGGCGAGAGAGGGAAGAGCGAGCCGAAUCCUUGCGAGGGCACAAAUGAAUUCAACGAGAAAAGGGAGAGGCGAACAAGAAAACGCGGUUUCAACAGGAGCGCUCGGGGCGUCCGCGGACGAGGAACCCCCUGCGCGCCGACGAAGAAAGGGCGAGUCUGCACGCGCUUCGGCGCCCGAUGCAGCUCCAGAAAUCCUCACUGCGCCUGCGAGUUUCUUCUUCCCUUCUCUCGCUUCUUCCUCGCCUGCCGUUGAUGCUUUUUCUGACUCGAGCGCGCCUCUCGCGGCACAUCAAGAGGGACACGAAGGGCCUGGCUGGCACACAGACGAGCGGCCGGCAGCGAGGGCGACCGGGGAGGAAGCAGAUGGAAAGCGGAAGAAGAAAGAGGGAAGAGGGCGCCCGCGAGAGGGGGAGGCACAGUCGGCUGACAGCGGUCGCGGGGACGCGGAGAGAAGAAAGACGGAAGAAGAGAUGAGACGAAUAGAUGAGGAAAGAAGGCGAAUCGAUGAAGAAAUUCGCGCAGACGAAUGGAGAAGGGCCUCGUGGGAACGACAGCGAGACGCUGCGCAUGCCUCAUUGUCUUCUCUCUCUUCUGCCGAGUCAAGUGGUUUGAAUGCUUCGUCGCUGUCUCCCCCUUCUUUUUUUUCUCUGGAGUCGGCCGAGUCUUCUUCUGAUCCUUCGACUUCGUUGUCCCUUCCCUCCUUACUUUCUUCGGUAUCUUCUCCCUCCUUGUCUGCGCCUUCGGCUCCUUCCACUCCGGUCGCUCCUUCGUCCUCUCUCGCAGCGCCUUCUCCUUCGAUCGUUUAUUCUCCCUCGUUUUCGUCUCGUCCAUCUUCCCCACCGUUUCCUCCGCAUGCGCCGGCCGCGCUCGAGACACCGCCUCUCGUUUCACCUGUGCUUCCGCCCUUUUUUUCUCUUGAUUCCUUUCUGCCUUCACCCGCUUUACUUGCCUCUUCCGUCCAUCCUUCGCUCUCGUAUUCGCCCUUCCCGGCCUCCUCAGCUGCUUCGCUCUCUGCGUCGGACUCUGCGAGCUUCUCGCCGGAGGUCUGGGCGGCGCCUGUAUCUUCUCUUCUCUCGCCCGUGUGGGGUGGUGCUGGCGAGGCGCUCGGGUCUACGCUGGUUGCGUUGGGCAACUUCGAGGAUCCCCUCCAAGGCGAGAGACAGGCGCAAGGUCCCGACCGUGAGGCGGUGCGCGCCAAGCCCGAGGGCGCGACGACGGAGAGCGAGGGAAGGCCACCGACCCCGCGACGCCUGCCGUUCAGGGUUGACGACGAGCGGAAACGCGGAGGAGGCGCGCCACGAAAACGCACCGACGCAGACAGAAGUGAAGCUCACGCCGCACCUGGUGCGGAUGCCCUACAAGAAUCCAGCGAAGCGGCGUUGCGGCUGGCGGGGCCCCGGGAGCGCCGGGAGGACGCGGUACUGGAGCCAACUGGACUUCUGCCGCCACAGGAACUCAAGUCCGUGCGCAGACCCAAGAAAGCUGAAGUCGUUCGGGCAAGCGGCCGCGAAGGGCGCGACGCGACGCAAAAACUCACGCGAGGUGAGGACGCACGCCAGGGAGAGACGCAGACGCGCCCGACUCGCGAAGAGACCGACACGCUUUUUUCCGCUGAAGCAGCAGAGAAGCAGGGCCGCGGAGACGGAGGGAGAGAGGAAGAGAAGCCGAGGCCGCUCCUUGAGAGCAGCGCCCAACCGGCAGAGAGGCGAAGCGACUCUGGAGAAAAUGCAGCGUAUGACCACCACGGGGAAAGGCUCGCCUUCCUGCCGCUGAACCCGAGCGACCGCCCACAAGACGAAAAGCAGAAGAGAGAGAGCGACGGAGGUGGCAGUCUGCGCGACGCGCGGAAAACGGCAGCGGACAGCGGCAGAGAGGGCGCACGACGCGACGCAGCCGAACUCUCGCCCUACGAAGCAGAAGACAGCGGAAACGUCUCUUCAGCGAGUGGAGCUGAGCCACAACCUGAGGGCGCUCCAAGUGAGGCAGAGACCAACACGCGAGAAGAGAUUCGCCGCAGAGAGGGAGACGAGACUCCCGAUAGUGGGAGAGGGGGCCCCGGCGUGCUGUCGGCGCUCACCCGGAGAGAGGAGCUAAGCACAGCCGUCAUCCGGGCGGGCGGCGGAGAGGCGGAACUCCAGCCUGAAGCACGGGGAGCGGCAGAAAGAAACUCGGCAGGGAGGGGCGACGCAGACCACUUGAAAGGAGGCGCCGAAGAGGACGAAGAGGAGCUGAGGGAGGAUGGCGACGCUGGAGGAAGAGGCGCGGACAUCCAAGGCGAAGCCGAUCAUGAAGCGACAGCGGAAACCCCAGAAGGCGUGCUCCCGCUGCGAGCCCGCGGUCACGGCAAAAGUCCUCUCAUCCCCUGGUCCGGGGGCAAAGCAGAGGAAGAAGUCGAAGGUCGCCGCAGGGAAGGCAGGCAGAGUGAGACGGAGAAGGAAAAGAAGGAAGAGGAGGAGAAGAGAGACGACGCGAAGAAGGACAGGAGCGGAGCGAGGCGUAGCAGCGACGAGGCGCCGCGAGAGAGAAAGAGGCAGGCAGAGGCGGCUGACGAGGAGGCGCGCGACGCCGAGAAGGAGGGGGAAAGUCUGACUGCGGAAGCGGGGUCGCGAAAACCAGAGGACACGACGACGCAGACAAAGGCAGACAGAGGGUCGGGCGUGCUGCCUGGAACCGACGAGAAGAAGGAAAACCCCACAACAAUUACCUGGGCGGGGGGGAGAGGCGUCGCCGCCCAGCCACGCGCGGGAGAGGAGAAGCAGGAGGACGCAAGGAUGAAGGAGACCAAGGAAGAGUCCAGGGAGGAGAAAAGAGAGGGGGCAAAGCGCAAGAAAGACGAGCGAGCAGAAAGCGAGAACGAGACAGCGAAGAGCAACUUAGAGGAGGGAGAGAGUGCGGAGAACGACGAGCACACGGAGGGCGAAGGCGAUGAAAACCAAGCGAAAAAAGACAGCAAGGAAGGUGAAGAGACGCAAGCCGACGACGAAGGGGCGCGGAAUAAGGAGGAAAACGGGGACCGCGAAAAACACAAAACAGAGGAGGACGGCGCGGCCGAGAAAACAGAAGAAGACCGCAAGAAAGACGAGCCGGAUCAAAGUGGAAGCGCGGGCGAGCGCGCAGCCAAAGAAGGCGAGCAAGACACCAAGAAAACCAAAGAUGAAGGGUCCGCCGAAAAGGAGAAGAAAGACGCGCAGGACGAGAGCGCCGCAGACAAAGAGGAUGAAGCAAGCUUGAAAGCAGGCGACCCACAGGAGAGCACGAAAAACAGCGACGAAGACGAGGAGGCGACGAAGGCGAAAGACGACGGGGGCAUGGAGAAGAAGGAUAAACCGGAUAAGAGCGACGGCAGCAAGACGGCCGAGGAGGAAAGAAACGCAAAUGGAGAGCGCAGCGAGGAGAAAGAGGAAGACGAAGAGGAGACCGAGACGAAGGAGAAGACGCCAUCGAUAAGCGAAAAGCGUAAGAAGAAUCGAGGAGACGGCAAGACGGCGGAGGACGAAGGCGUUUCAGAAGAAGACUCAGAGGCGAACGAAGCGCGAGACGGCAGCGUGGCAAAGAACAAGCCUAAAGAUGACGAGAUACCGCGCGAAGCCGAGAAGAAGAAAACCGCACACGCCCGCGACGCAGCCAAGUCGGCAGAAGACGACUCGGUCUCCACAACGGGAGACGAGGCGCGGGGCGGCGCAGACGAUUCUCAGAAGAAAGACGCGCGCUCUUCGUCCGCAGACCGCGGCAAGAGAGCUUCAACGUCGGCGUCGAGGUCGCGGACGCCGGGCUCUGCGGGAAAGAAAGACGAGCCGAGGCCGGGCGCCGCAUACACUCCCGACGGCAUCAAGGUCUCGCCAAAGUUCGCUAUUGAGGCGAUCGAGGACGAAGAAGAUCUCAUGGUUCUCGCGACGAUGAUAAAAGAGAAUCCGCUGCUCCAGGGAGACACGCUGCUGAAACACGUCGCCAUGACUAUCUUCGCGCCCGUGGACUCAGCGAUGGGCAAUCCCUACAUCGAUUUCGACAAGCUCCGCAGGCUGCACUGGGUGAACUCUAGAGGCGUCCAUCCGAGUCUGUUUGCUUGCGGGGUGUUCGCUGCUGUUUUCGGCGUUCGUGCGACAUCUGCGGGCGCCUUGCCUGCGGCGUUGCGAGGCACUCACCCCGCCUGCGCGCAUAUGCUUGCGGCCGCCCACAAACACACACUGACUCGAGGCGCGCGACGCGCCUUGACUGCCCGCUGGUGGAAGCCACAUGCAGCGACACAUUCCGUCUCUUCUUGUCUGGGGUUUCAGAAGAGCGCGAUCCCGAAUCCGGAGAAGACCGAGGAGACGAUGGUGUUCAUGCACGUAGUGGCUCCCCGGAUUAUCGAUCCCAGUCGGAUCUCCGAAGUCCCGCAGACCUUCGAGGCGAAAAACAAACAACUCUUGACUCUCUAUCGCCUCCCCAAGCCCUCGACAACGGCUACAAGCACCGCCGUCACCUCGACCACGUCGCGCACGUCUUCCUCCUCGCGGAAUUCCACUUCUUCCUCUUCUUCUCCGCCGCCGGGUUCGUCUGCGUCUGCUGCGGCUCGGCGGAGGUCGGAGCCGCCGGAGGGCGCUGCGGGCGACGAGGGUGAAGGCGGCAAGCUCGACGGGAAAGACGGCGGGAGCGGCGACGACAGGGCGGGCGCGCGGUCGCCGUCCUCCUCAUCGAGAGGAAGAGAGCGCGAGAGACACUCCGCGGCGGCCUCUGCGUCGGCUGAAGAGGAGGACGCCGACAAGAAGCGAUCCCCCUCCGCUUCCGCGUCCCGCCCGGAGGCUUCGGUCUCGUCGGGUCCAGGCUCGGGGGGGAACGAGGGAGGGAGAGGGAGAGAGACGAACUCCGCCUCGGAUGGCGCCUUCAAUAGAGGCCGCGCACGGGGCCGCCGCGACGCAGCCGCCUCUGGUGCCUCGUCGCGGCGACUCGCAGAGUGGGAUUGUGGCGACUCCUCGUGUACGCUCGCGGCUGCAAGCCCCUCCCUCGCGUCGCAUUCGCAGUAUUCGUCGCCCGACUCGGCUCUCUCUUCUGCCGCCUUCGCCGUUCCUGCGGACGCUCCUUCCUUCGAUUCGCCGUUCUCCUCUUCCGCGCCUGCCUCCCUUUUUCCGCCGUCUAGCGACUUGGAGUAUGCGCCGGCGCGGGGGUUUGGUGACGCCACACAUCUGGGCUACGAAGCCGCGGAGCCAACCUUUUGGCCGUCGUCUCCUCAACCCCCUGACGCGCAUGCGCCUCGAUCCUCGGCAGCUUCUUUCUUCCUCCCAGGCGCCGCUGCCCCUCUGUCUCUCCUCUCGCCUCGUCCCGCGCGUUCGUCGCUUUCGCCGACAGCUGUCGACUCCUCCUCGACCUUCACCUCCGCGUACUCGGCGCCCUCGGCGUCGCUCCACUCUCCCUUCGAGUCUCUCCAUGCGCCCGCGCCCCGUGUUGGGAUGUUGCACAGCCCCGGCAGAGACAGCCUUGGAGACAGCUUCGGAGACCCCUGGAGCCUAGAGGGGUGGCAGGCGCUUUCAGAGCCGCACACGCACUUCUCUCACCCUGCGCAGCGCCUCCCACAGUCCACAGCGGUCUUCUCCGCACACGUCCAGCCGCCCUCGGCCGCCCCGCCGGCCGAGUCGAACCGCACCGCGGUUGCAUCGCCGGCGGAGGCCCCGCGCGAAUCAGCCUUUGAAGACAUGCGCGUCAUGGCGCACGGGCGAAUCGCGCGCGUGGUCGGGAUCGUGAAGACGAAGCGGGGAUUCAUCUACAAAAUCAACAAGUUCCUCGCGCCCCGGUGGAGCCCGGGGCCCAACAUCGUGGACUUCAUCCGCACCCGAGACCGGUUCUCUAAGAGCAACUACUUCCUGGCUGCCACGCCGCCCGAGCUCGUCGAAGAGCUGAAGCUCGCAGGCCCCGUGACGCUCUUCCUGGUGCCAGACUCGGGCUGGGUGUUCCCCAACGGGGAGAUCGUGCCUUACUGCGUCUUUCGGAGUCUUGCGCUGCCUUCGAACCGCGUCUACGUCCAGGAGAUCAUCUCCUGGUUCGCCGUCCCCGGAAUCUGGAACAAGACGAUGAUUCAGCGCGCCGACUGGCUGCCGACCCUCGGAGACGGUCCUAACCUCGCCGUCGCCCACGUGAACGGCCGCGGCGACCGCAUCCGCCCCGUGAGGCUCCGCGCGGCCUCGUCCCCUCCUCCUGCUGACGUGCCGAAGACGCCGGACGACCUCGAGCGCGCGGCUGCCCUCGACGCGCUCCGCGUCGCCCGAGCUGCAGAGGAGAAGAUACAGGAAGCGCUGCAUGGCGGAGGCGACGCAGGCUCGCAGGGAGCGGGCGAGAAAAAGGCCGCCGCGGCGCACGCGCGACGCCGAGAGAGAGGAGACGCGCCGGACUCGAGGCGCAGGGAAGGAGAUAGCGAGGCCGAGACCGCGCCGGAGGACGCACGAAAAACGGAAGCCAACGCCAAGAAGGCAGAGAAAGACGAGGAAGAGGAAGGCAACACAAAGGAAGAUAACAGAAAGGAAGAUAGCGAAAAAAAAGAGAGUGAGAAGAAAGGGAGCGAGAAGAAAGGGAGCGAGAAGAAAGAGAGCGAAAAGAAAGAGGGCGAAAAGAAAGAGAGCGACCGGGAGGAGGAGAGGGAAGACAAGAACAAUCGCGCUUCUACUACAACUUCGACACGCCGCACCACGCAACGAUCGACCAGGGCACCCCGAUCCUCUGCUUUUUCCGCUUUUUCCUCGUCUUCAACUUCCUUGUCAUCGCCUUCCUCGGCUUCGACUUCCUCGGCGUCGACUUCCUCUCCUUCAGCCUCUUCAACGUCCUCAUCUUCACUGAGCUCCUCCUCAUCGACGUCGGAUUCAUCUUCCUCAACUUUCUCUUCUCCGCUCUCUUCUUCCACUGCCUCUUUGGCCUCGGCUUCCACAGGAUCUGCGGCGUCUUCGCCUUCCUCGACUUCUUCGCCCGCGCCUUCGCGUUCGCUUACCGACUUCCUCGCUGACUCCUGGCACACAACCCUCGCGACCGCGCGGCGCCUCGCAGCGCAGCCGCUCCUGAGGCUCUUUGAAGGAAGGCGCGACGAACAGGGAGAGCUCGAAGACGCGCCAGAGGGUGCCGCCGGCGAUCGCGGAACUGGCAGCGCGCUGGGUGGGGAGAGAAAAGAACGCAGCGACACACCCUCCUCAGCAAGCUCCCGAGUUGGCGCACAGCCACGCUGGCCGUUCGCAGGUGGCGGCAGGAAGCUGAGCAGUGGCGUGAUCGACACGGCAAACAUAUCAGAAGGCGACGCAAGCGAGAAAAAGCACGCUAAUGGAGAAUCAGAACAAGCGCCAGAUGAAGGAGGAGCCCGUUCAGGGAGGACAGAGGCAGGUGCGAGCGACAGGGCGAAACUCGGUCGGCGAGGAUUCCUACCCGUCUCCUCGUCUCUCGCUCCAUCCGGCUCGUCGUCCUCGUCUCUUGCCUCUCCUUCUUCUUUGUUUUCUCAACUUUCUUUUUCGACUCACGCGCUCGCUCCCUCGUCGUCGGACCCAGGACCUCGCAGAGAGAACGCGUCUCCUGUCGCAUUCGUUUCGUCUCUUCUCUCCCCCGCUUCUCUGUCUCCUGCGCCCUCCGCGUCCGCGGCGACCGGCGCAGAAGACUCCGGCGGCUCACGACGCGGCCUCCUCCCCGCCGGCGGAGACACGCGCAACGCGCAGGAAAGCGAUUCGAAGGCAGGCGCGGAGGCAGCAGGCAACGCGAAGCCGAGGCGCGAAGGCGAUGGUGCCAGCCGUGGCGCAGUAGCCGACCCGCCAACCGCGAACUCGCCAGAGGCGGAUUCGUGGGCAGCAGCUGCGAACUUCGUGGAGGACUCGAACGCAGGCGACGCGGUGGCAACAGACGCGCAGGAGGGCAUGCGGAAGCGUCCAGGGAGAACAACUGGUCGCACACGACAAGAGAGAGAGCGAAGCGGGAACUCACACGCCUCAGCGCGCCCGCGGAUAGAGCCGAAAGGAGACCUCCAGGGCGAGGAAGAGGAAGGUAACGCAGUCGAUGUAGACGCGGAAGCGAACUCUGCCGCGACCGAGGGAGGCGACAAUGAGCCUUUGACACGCAGGGGGAAGAUCCCGGCGGAGGCAGCCACCUCUGAAAACCCCUCGCGAGAGAAGCGAACAGGAUUUUUGCCGCCAUCAGCCUCUCAGGCUUCCGCGCCUGCGUCGUCGCCUCUCGCGGCGUUCACCACGACGCGGCCGCCCUCUGCAGCUUCUUCGGGCGCGUCGUCGUUCGCCGCUUCUCCUUCUUCUUCCGCGUCUGCUGCGACGUCCGCAGGAGCGACUUGCAGUCGCAGAGAUGAAGAACGCGGCCUCUGUGCGUCUGCCGCGGAGGCGGGGAAGCGGGAUGGCGUCUUGCCGACUCAGCGCGAGUCGCCGUUUCCAGAGAAGAAGCCCAAAGAAGAGAAAGCAGAAGCAGAGGCAAAGAGCGACGCGAAAACGGCGCUCCAUGGAGCGAGAGGGACAGCAGAGGCGCAGUAUGGAGGGGCGACGUCCCAAGAGUCGAGCGAGAGGGAAAAUGAAGAAGAAAACAGAGACUCAGGCGAGGAAGAAGACAGGGAGAAGAAAACAGAGGAGGGCGCCGAACCGGAAAAAGCGAGGCCAAGUGCCGACGCGAAGGAAGAGAGGACGGAAAGUGCGAGACUCACCGAAGAAGAGAGAUCGCGGGGAGAGAAGAAAGAAGAGAAAAAACAAGGGCAGCCUGAGAGAGAAGAUAAGGCGGAGGCCGAGAAGGCGGAAACAGAAAACGAAAAGGAACGCGGAGACGUGCAGGCAGAGAAGACUGAGACAAAAGAGGAGGCAACUGCGAAGAAACGCGAGAAUGCCAAGUCGCCCGUCGAAGAGGAAAGCUCCAAGCAGGGCGAAGACAAGGCAGCCGAGAGAAAACCCGACACCGAAGAAGAAGAGAGGAUAACGCCUCGUGAGAGGAACGAGGAGGCACGAAAAGAAGCGAUGCAGAAGGGAAACGAGGCAAAAGACGCUCAAGCAAAAACUGAGGGGGACGCGGAGGCAGGAGAGAAAGAGAAGAAGAAAGCCGGGCGUGAGACGGAGAGCGAAGAGAAAGAGCAAAAAGCAACUGCCAAGCGGAGCGAUGACACAACGUCUGACGGCGAUCGCGACAAAGAAGGCGAGAAGAAGCGGAGCGAGGCGAAAGAUACGAAAGACAGAGGCGGCGACGCCGAAGAGAAAGAGGAGAAAAAGAGAGACACCGCCGAGAAGACGAAGCCCGAGACUGCGAAGAAAGAGGAAAAAGACUUACAAGACCACGCCAGCGUCGCCUCUCAUGCAGAAGCAAAGGACAUCCCGAAGGAGGGGACUUGGGUCGAGCCAGAAGACUAUUACACGUUCAUCGAAGGACGAGAAGUCAUUGAGUGGGACAUUCCGGUGUUCAACGGAGUCGUCCACGUGCUGGGGGAGUCGGUUCUGCGCCCAGACAUCAAGACGCUGGCUACGCAGCUCGCGCUGUGGCAAUGCACCCAUCAGUUCUGCUUCGACUGCCCGCGCCUCGGCGGGUUUUUCCUCCACUACCUGGAUCGCAAAGGGCUGCUCACCGGCCCUACGCCCUUCGACUUCGAGGUCCCUCCGUCCGUCAGGCCUGAAUGGGUGUGUCGCGGCUCGAAGGGGUACUUUCCUCCGGGCUGGACGAAGGCCUCUUGGAAGGCCUACGUCGACGCCGCGGCGUCACAGCCGCCGCCAGGCUCGCCGAAGGCCGCGGCUGCGGCGCGGAAUGUGCAGAGACUGGCGGACGAAGGUGCGCGGCGCGCGGCUGAAAACAAACGAAAAAUCGAAGAGCGAUACGCGGAAAUCAGGCGACAAGCGGCGGAGGCGUACGCGCGCUACAAUCCCUUGGAGGCAGUCGAGGAGAAGGUCUAUUUGCCGGGUUUUUACAAAAUGAAGAAAAGCUACUACGACAAGCAUCUCUACUGCAAAGGCGACGAGCUCGAGCGCACCGUUGCUGAACACUUCACAGAGAGAGAUCUCAGAUUCGUGCUGCCCUGGAAGUAA